AUGACACGUCGCCUAUUCGAAUUAUGCAAUCACCGUGUAUCUUUGCUUAAUCUGUCUUUUCUGGCUAGGUCUGAGCGGUCUAGUCUAAACCUUUUAGUUGAAGAUCUAGGUACUUGUGUUGUGUCUACUCCAGAGUACUCUGUAUACUGUACGCAGAAUACACCUUGUUUAGGCAUGGCUGGCCGGCACCUGGCGGAUGAAACUCGCACUGACAUCUUGCAUUGCCGUUUCGCGUGA